AUGGGCUUUAUCACCUCUUUAUUGUGUGGUUCAAGCGAUUCUGAGAGUUCCAAGAAACAAAAGAGUAAAAAUUCAGUUACAAGUAAUAAUCACAACUCCAAGAGUGGCACUGGAUUGAAUUUAGAGAAGAGCAAAAGUAACAAGUCAGGAAGCCCCUCCCGUACAAAUAAGAAAAGGAGUAGUGCACAUACUGGGCUUCACUCUACUAAUACUAGACAAUCAGCUGUACACACCACAUUAUCGAAUUCGACAGCUGAGAUGCAUCUCGCCAAGAAAGGCACGACAAAGAUCAAACGUGCUUAUGGAAGCGUGCCUGUUGAGAAGAGUAAAGCACCUGCCGUAGCAGAGCAGGUUGUUCACUCUAGUGAGAUCACAAAUGAUUCGAGCAGUGAUGAUGCAGCUAUGGAUGUUGAUGUUGACAUGGAUGCAGAUGAUGACGAUGACGAUGAUGACAUCAAGGCCGAUGAGAAACAGACUCUGUUGGUGUAUAAUGCAGAAUCAGAUAACAGUACUGGCACAACUGCAGAUACAGCAGUGUCGGCAGGUCAGGCAGCGCCACCAGAAAUUACUACUACUGUCCAUGAAACAGAACAUACUAGCAGUGCUGAAGACUCUGAAGGUAUUCAAAGCCAAGGGGUUAGUGAUAUAGACAUGGUUAAUGCCGACUACGAUGAAGGAGACCUGUUAGACUUAUCAUUACUACAACCUGAUCAGGCACAUGCCCCUGGUGUUAAUACGUUACUUUUGCCCAAAACUGAACAAUUUAAGGGCAAAAAAUGUUUGGUUUUAGAUCUGGAUGAAACUUUGGUUCAUUCUUCUUUCAAGUACCUCCGUACAGCAGACUUCGUUAUUCCAGUAGAAAUUGAUAAUCAAGUCCACAACGUUUAUGUUAUCAAGAGACCUGGAGUCGAUGAAUUUUUGAAACGUGUUAGUGAACUUUAUGAAGUCGUUGUCUUUACUGCAAGUGUUUCAAGAUAUGGUGAUCCCUUAUUGGAUAUCUUGGAUAAGGAAAAGACUAUCCACCAUAGAUUAUUCAGAGACUCGUGCUACAACUACGAUGGCAACUAUAUCAAGAAUCUAUCUCAAAUUGGUAGACCGUUAUCUGACAUGAUUAUCUUAGACAAAUACCCAGCUUCAUACAUCUUCCAUCCUCAGCAUGCUAUUCCAAUUUCAUCCUGGUUUUCUGAUGCACAUGACAAUGAACUUUUGGAUAUAAUUCCUCUACUGGAAGAUUUAGCCCAAGAAAGAGUACCGGAUGUGGGGAAAAUUUUGGAUGUAACAAUUUAA